AACAAAUAGGUACUCGCAUAUCUUAUCAAGAAAACAAUGAAGAUGAAAAAUGAAGAGGGUUAUUUUAAUGUGAUGCUAAUUUUCAUGUGCAUUGCUAUUUCUGUUGGAAAAUACUACAUUUUGUCCACCCUCAAGACUCUUUGACUUAUUGUCCGUCUUACUGUAACCCAUAUUAAUCAAUUCUAUGUCAAUGUUUAUACAAGUUCACACCCAUCAAGUCACUUUUCCAUAUAUUUGACCUGUCAGCCUAGAGGCUUUUCAUCUGGGUGAACAAACAGCACUCCUAUCAACACUCGUCCACUCUAGUGGCCUGUCUCACAAAGCCGGAAUACAAAGGUGUCCUGCUGUGGAUACUCCAUGCUAUCAACAGUUUCAGUAGUUCAGUGGAUCUACAAAAAUUUUCUUUUUGAUUUGGGUGAAAUGACCCUUAAAAAUGAGUCCUACUUUGUGAGACACAUAUCAUACAAUUUCCACGAGAACUUAUACACACUAGAGCCCAUAUUAUCUGCCAAUAGUAACUUAAUACAGAUACAGUAUGUCAGUAUCUGUAGGCCAUAUAUUUUGGCCAGUAAGUAAAUUGCAGUAGGGAAAUGCACAAGAUAUGUUUGUUUUGCCGUUGCAUGGUUUGUCCACCAGAGGGCACUGACAAGUUUGUUUUCAAGGGUACAGUACAUGUCUUGGUCACAAUUAAUUAAUCCAAAUCAAGUGAUCAUUAUCAAAAAUCUUUGGGUUGAGGAGACAAGCAUUGACUGAUAUAUUAUCCGAUAUAUUGUUGGUAUGUUGUUGGUUGGGGUCUAAAUUAUACUAGAAAAUUUGUGGAAGAUGAAAAUUAUCUACUUCAUUGACAUAUUUUUUUGACAUAAUGUCUAGAGUUGGUGAUUUGACAAAAACAAUCUCAACUCAAGGCCGUCUUCUCACUCGCUUUUUUCAGGAGCUUUCAACUGUAUCUCUCAAUCUUUGGUUAUGUGUUUAGUUGUUGUCAUGGAGGUGAGUCUGUUGACAUGCAAGCUCAUUAGCUGCUAUGGUUUCAGGUUUAGGCACUUUUAGGACAAAUUAAGGUGGAGUGUGUGAAGGUUUAUUCUUGACCUUGAAAAUGGUAGUUUGACUAAAUUGUCGACAUAUUAUUAUCCAGUGGGUUCUACUUAAUAUUUAAUAUGUUUAAAAAAUAUACCAAAAUUUUCAAAGUAGAUCUAACCCUAAUUUUAACUGCCAUCAAUGUGGGUUAUUGUAGACACAAAGUAUAAUAUGUUGUUUAUCUCAGAAACAUUUUCAGAGUACGGCGAAGUAAUUCUCAAAUAUAUUUUGAGCACCUUUAGAUAUUAUGACUUCUCUCUAAAAAUAUUCAGGUCGUGCAUAGCCUAUGUGAAAAUCUUGUGAGGUUUCUCUACACAGUCGUUUUCUUUCCUCCCACACGACCUGAACGCAGCAUUAGUAUCUUUAGCGUGAACUCACCAUCGUCCCUGCAUUUCCCACAAUCCUGUUCGGUAUGGCUUCAUCGUUUUUUUUACGUUAGAGAUCAGCUGAGCUCGUGCAUCGCUGCAGUGAGUGCGCGGGUGCCAGCGGCUCGGGAUCGGAGCAGCUCGGGGCUGCUCGGUGUCUCUCUUGGUCGGGCUUGGACAUCAUUUAAACCCCCCUGGUCGACUGGAGACGGGGCUUUUUUAACGACUGCAAGAAUGUGACUCUUGUAUGCAUCCGUUUUUUAUUUUUUUACCCUAUUAAAUGGUCCCGACUCUGCUGAUCGAGAAGACGGUUUGGUUACAUUUAUUUUUUUUUUAUUAUUUCGUUCAUCAUCUGUUUCCUCAGUGCGGAAAACACCUGGACUGGUGUCAGGGUAACCGUCCGGGGUUAGGAGGAGAUUCCAGUUUUUAUACCGGGAGUGGGCAUUAAUAUGUCCAGGCGAAAACAGACCAACCCCUUCAAAGUUAACUGGCCAUUCCACACUUCUGGCAUCACAGGAUUUCAGCACACUAUUAACAUGGAUGGCAGGGACGAAUUCACCGAAGACAGUGAAUGCUGCAGCAACAACUCCCAGGAAGUCCAAGAGCAGGAUAGCAUCUCAGAAGACAGUGAUAGUGAUCCUGACAACCACGGUGAAGACUCGUCCUCCAACACCUCCGCCGACGACCACAUGACCACCAAGAGAUCACAGUGCCGCCUACAAGGAGCAGGAGUCAAAAAGGAGAGCGAGGAAGGGGCAGACCACGGCAUCAACUUUGUUUGUCCUCUCUGCACGCUGGAUUUCAGCAGCCCCGAGAAGCUGAUCUCCCAUGUCUACCAGCACACAACGAUGAUGAGCAACUCCAAGAGCUAUGUGUGCCCAGUGUGUGGGCGAGCCCUGAGUUCGCCUGGCUCGCUUGGACGGCAUCUUCUCAUCCACUCUGAGGACCGCCUCUCCAACUGCGCUGUCUGUGGCGCACGCUUCACAGACACCAACAACUUUAACAGGGAGAAGCUUAAAGAUGUCCUCGACACAACCAGGAUGGAUGUCACCGGUGGAAGGGACACCUGUUCCAUGUCCCUCUCGAGCAGCCCCAUGUCCAGCCCGGGCCCUGGCAGUUGCUCCUGCCACGGACCAGGCCCCAGCCCCAGCUCGUGUCAGGGCCCUCACCCCUGUCACACACCUGACCUCAACUCCAGUCUAUGUCAAGCCCAUCGUACCUGCCAGGGAGCAGGCCAUAUCUCGAGCCAGUGUCAAGGCCCCAGAGCGUGUCACGGCCCGGGCCCAGGAUCUGGAUCGUGCUCAGGCCCAGGACCAUGCACAGGUUCUGACCAAGGACCCUCCUUUCCCUCACUGCCCGACAGUCUCCUCUCUGAAGGGCCAUCACUCGCAUCUAUCCCCGAUGCUCUUAACUCCUCUUCCUCAAGCCUCCCUCCUAUCCCCGACAUCCUGAGCCCCAUGCCGGUGUAUCCUGCCGGAGUGCUGCUGGUGUGCAACAGCUGCGUGGCCUAUCAGCAGUUAGUCGAGGCCCAGUCGCCGAUGCGAAAAUGGGCUCUGCGUAGGAAGAACGAGCCCUUGGAGGCCCGCAUGCAGCGUCUGGAGCGCGAGCGCACGGCAAAGAAGAACAAGCGGGCGUGUGAGACGGAAGAGGAGAGGGAAAUAAGGAGGCUGAGGGACCGCGAAGCCAAGCGCAUGCAGAGGAUGCAGGAAUCAGAGGAGCAGCGGGCACGUAGGCUGCAGAGAGACAGGGAGGCCAUGCGUUUAAAGAGGGCCAACGAGACACCGGAGAAGAGGCAGGCCAGGCUGAUCCGCGAGAGGGAGGCAAAGAGGAUCAAGCGGCGGCUGGAGAAGAUCGACCCUGCUCUGAGGACACAGAUAGAGCAUGACCCUGCUGCGAUGGCUGCCCUCACAGCGGACAUGAGUCUCUUUCAGUUCCCCUGCCCCAUGCCUGUCCCUUCUAUUGAUAAUGGUCUGUUCAUGAAACUGCCGUAAUUGGGCAGGCCACUGGGGGGGCUGGGGGCAAUUGGCUUCCAGCAGCAUCAUUAACCUCUGCACAUCCAGCUGCCAUGGUCACAGUGAACCAUUCCUAGCUGGUUCACAUCUAGCUUCUUCUGUCGAACAGCUGCACACUCAAACUGCUUUGUUAAAUACAGCAAAAAAAACUUCAAUUUCUAAUUUAUUGCAGUUGAGAAAACCUUGGGAACAGGGUUGAGAAUGUUCCAUGUUGUACUGAUGACAACAUAAAAGCAUGUUGUAAAGAGAUUUAUCUGUUCGUCUGUGGGCUAGCAGAUUUAACACAGUUCAUUGUAGUAGGAGCAGUUAUACUUCCUUUGAGGGAAAGAAAAUCUUUUUGCACAUGGACCUUCAGUGACAGGAGUGGGGACUUUGUAGCCACAGCCCCCUCCUUUCUGGUCCACUCCGUCUGCCCAGUGACUCGGGUUUACCGGUAGCUACACCUCUCCCUUCAAGCUGCCACAUGGGUCCCUGGGAAGUUCAUAUUCAGUCAAACUUCUACCUCAGCUGGCGCCAUGGUCGCGCCCUCUGUCUUGUGGCUUACUGCGUUUUAACUCCAAGCUUCCAAAGCUCUCUCGCUCUCGCUCUCGCUCUCUAUCUAUAUCUAUAUAUAUAUAUAUAUCUAUA